AAUGAAGAAGCAGCUGUUUAUAAAGUAAGGAAUUUUGGCUCGAAAAAAUAACUCUUGGAAAUGACGCCACAAUGCCGGUUGUGUGGAGAUUCAAUAUACACGCAAAAUCCAGUUAACAUAUUCGAUGAGCGCAGCAAUAUGGUCAGGCAAAUCGCAUUGGUCACGGGCCUUUGGCUCACCGAUCACUCGAAGAUGCCCCGGAAUAUGUGCUCCUGCUGCCUGCUGAGCUUGAAGAGCGGCAUUGCCUUCCGCCAAGUCUGCAUCAAUACCAACAAUCGACUGACAAUCCAGCGCCGAAGGCUGGAAGCCAAGGACGACGGAUGCUGGGAUGAUCCGCUGAGCGACGCGCACGAGGUGCUGAAGAUCAACGAUGCGGAAGUGGAGCAGGAGGUGUUGUACGAGGUGUCAUAUGCGGAUAAUGAGGGACUGGAGAAGGACCACGACCUGUUCAAGAAGGAGGAGGAAGAAAGCGAGGUUGAUGAGCAGAAGGAAUGUGUAGAUAUUGCCAGCGAAAUACCCUCCAAUAAGGAGGAUAAUGAGCAAGAGCAAAAACAGGAGUGUGAGGAUAUGGUGGAUAAAAGGAAAGGUCAUGAUGCUUGCGAGGAGUCACAGGAAUAUGAGGAGUCACACCCAGAUGAGGAGGACGAGGAAGAGUCACAGGAAGAGGACGACGAGCUUUGGCAGAACGAGGACGGCGACAGCGAUACAGAUAUUGAUUCUAUGUCAGAUAGAGAAGCCACGUCGCGUCAACCGGCCCUUGACGAAGAUAAAAAGUCUAUUCGAAAAUACACCAACAGGUCGUCUCCCAAAAACGACGAUACCGAAAUUCUGAAACCUGCGAAGAAGAAACGAAAAACCUACAUAAGCCGAAAGGUCCACGUCUGUGACCAUUGCGGCAAGAAAUUCACCGACAAGGGCAACUUUAACCUGCACGUGCUGCGCCACUCGGGCGUCAAGCCCUUCGAGUGUCCUGAGUGCGGCCAAAAGGAGUUCAACAGGUACAUCCUGAACAUUCACAUUCGGGUGAAGCAUCGCGGAGAGAAGCCAUACGCCUGCCAGUUCUGCGACGAGAAAUUCGUGCACAGUACUAUGCGAUCGCGCCACGAAAACCGGGUACACCGGAACAGGAAAUCACCAAAGAACUUCAAGUGCAACUAUUGCGACAAGCGAUUCGAGUCGAACUACCAGAGGGCCAAGCACGAGGUGGUCCACACUGGCGAGCGUAAAUUCCACUGUGAGGUCUGCAAAGUGUCCUUCACACGGAACUCGAACUUGAGGACCCACUACCGCUCCGGGCAGCAUCAAAGGAAGCAGAUCGCAAUGAGUGCUAAGUCCGAAAAAGAUUCCAAAAAUAAUUAAGGUUUUGUUGAUAAGUGUUGUAAUACGUUAAGAGACCUGUUCUUAUCUGUUAACAAAUUGUAAGAAUGUAAUAGAAUAAAAUUAUUUCUAAGUUAAUAAGAUGAUAUAUCAAAAUA